AUCAAUGUAUUGAAGAAAUGGAAUGGAAUUGCUAUACCCCGCCGAAACCAAGUUGUAGAUGGUUAAAUAACUUUUGUGAAUUACGUCGCCAAUGGAGUAACCAUGCUCGCCGACAAAAAUGUAAAUGUUGCAACUGUAAACAACGACCUUACAGACAUUGAUGAAACCAUGGCUUACACAAAAAUAUCUAAAGUUAAAGAAGAUGAUGUUCUUGAAUGUUUUCUUUAUCCAAAAAUUUGUUACACAAAGCCUUUAAUAACCAUAACAGAGGAAAUUCUUAUACAAGAAAUUAUAAAAUUCAAUGAAGAAAUUGCAUCAUACAUUGAAAAUUAUAUUUGGCAUAAUGAUAAUUUGAUUUUUCGUCCUAGAACAAAACAAGCAUUAUUAUUAGAAAAACUCAUUGAAAAUUCUACAAUUAUAGAAGAAUGUAAUAUAUUACCUCACAUUUAUGUACGCUUAUGUUUUGAUGAAGAUAUAACUGAUGAGUGGUUUACGGUUUUUUUAAUAUCUAAACUUACACAAACUUUUGAUGGGUUGAUCGCUAAAAUUAUAGACUCUGAUGGUGAAUUUCUUUUAAUAGAAGCUGCAAAUGUCUUACCCCCAUGGGCUAAUCCUGAAACAUGUGAAAAUCAUGUAUUUAUGUAUAAUGGUGAAUUGCAUAUUGUUCGCGAUAAACAUAAAACAUUAUUGGAUUCAUUAAAUAAUAUUUGGGAGGAACCUUAUCUAUACAGGGCCCCUGAGAAAGUACAAGAUGUAUUAAGAAAGCGAAUUAAUACUUAUCCUGAUGAAAUUAAAAAAAGAAAUCAUAAAGCUCGAGUUUUUUUAUCAGAAAAAGCAAUUUCAAUACUUCAACAAGAACCAAGAUUAGUUGCAUUAGCUAUUCGAACUAUAUGUCAUUCUGAUCCAUUUGAAAGAAAAGUUUGUCGUGCCAUGAGAUAUUUCCCUCCUGAACAACGUAUUAUGGUUAAUAUACGAAUGACUAAAUGUUUGUAUGCGAUGGCAAAUCAUUGUCGAUAUACAGGUGAUCCAAGAACAGGCUGGAAUAUACCACCAAUAACUUGUUCAAAGUAUAAAUCUCAUAUACUUGGAAUUAAAAUAGCAUGUGGCUUAGAAAUGUUAGUUGCUCGUGCAAUUGAAGAACGUAGAAAAAGAGAAAAAACAUCAGUUAAUGAUUCGGACAAAUUAAAAGCAAAUGAUGAUGUUUUAAAUGCAUAUUUAAGUCGUUUAGAAAUUAGUGGUUAUUUUAGAAAUUUGUUAAAAGGCAGCGAAGAAUAUGAAAAGCUCAUGAAUGCAGCUAAAGAUUAUUAUUUGAAGUAUUUUAACUUAUAUAAUUCUAAUAUCAAAAAUAAUAAAAGUGACGCUGAAAAAGUUUUAGAAGCAUGGGAAAAUAUACAGACUAAUGAUAUUGAAUUGCAUGUUCAAGAUGAAGUUGCAUUAAGUCCUGCAGAUAGUGAUAGUUGGUUAAAUGUAGAUCCAGUACAGUUAGAAACAUUUUUAAACGAAAAAUGGGGAAAUGUUAAAAGCAAGAAAUAUGAACAAGAAUCGUUAAGUGUUAAAGAAAAAGUACAGAUGUUCUUGAAUCAAAAUAGUGAUAUUGAUGGUGUACAAUUUUUAGAGGAUUUUUCAGUUGAAACUGAUAUAAUACACGACUCGGAAGAUAACGGAAAAAUUGAAUUCGAUGCGGACAUAUUUGACAGUACAUUGCGAGGUAUAUUAGAUUUAGUUGUUCCUGGAAAUGAAGGAGAAUUUGAAGGAAGUUCAGAAGGAUCUUUAGGUGAAGACAAUGAAGAUAAAAGGAAUGAAAUGGAUAAAUAUAUGAGACUGUUAGAUUCUCAAUUGCAAUCUGAAAUAGAAAAAGAUGAAAAUUCUGAAAUAAAUAAAAAUUCUGAUGUCGUAGAAGAUAAUUUGAUAAAAAGUAUUACAGAAGAAGCAGGUGGUUCAGGUCCAACUGGAAAUAUAAUAGGUGGAUCUGCUCGACGACUUCUGCAUUUACAAUUACAAUCGCCCACUACAGUACCUCCUGAUUUACAAAGUUAAUAUUUUUAUUUAUAUAAUAUAUAUCGAAAAAUAUGUUAAUGAUUGUUAAUAGAUUGAAAUUCUCAUUAAUUAUUUUAUACAAACUAUACAUAUUUAUUAUUUGGAAA